AUGCGCCUCUGUGCGCCAAUCUUACUGCCAAUUGCCGCCCUUUUCUAUGCGUCAUUGUGCCACGCCAUCUUCGCAGACGAGGCUUACCAAACCGACUCCCACCACGCCCUGCUCGGACCUCCCCAAGCUCACACCACUUUCUUCCACCGUCCUUCGGCCGCGUCGAAAGCCUCACUUCUUUACACGCUCUCGGAGAAGCUAGUGCUCGGUGCAAUCAAUCCUAAAGAUGGCGCGGUGAUAUGGAGACAGCGACUGGCUGAUUCGGCCCAUAAUUAUACUACUCCUGGUCUGUUGACUGCAGGAGAAGGAGGUGAUACACUCGUUAGUGCGGUGGAUGGGAAGGUCCAGGCGUGGGAUGCAACAGAUGGUAGAUUGGUCUGGGAGUGGGACGGUGGAGAUGGGACGAAAGUGGUAGAUGUUACGCUAUCAGCCGAAAGUGGAAAAUAUGUCUUAGUACUCAGUGAAGGAGAGGGCUCAGGUUUCGUUGUCAGAAAUUUGGCUGCCGAUACUGGAGAGGUGUUCUGGGAGUUCGGCGACGGGAGUGGAGAUGCACCCUAUGCCGUCGUAUCAUCACAAGAUCGCAUAUUCACCGUUUCGUUGCAUUCGGCGCUCCUCAAGGGUCUCAAAAUCAAAGUCGCAGAGCUGGCCCCUUCAAAUGGGAAGCAGAUCGGUCAGUCGAUAGCGUUAAACUCAGACAGCGACGUUACAUCAGAGGCUUCAAUCCUGCACAUCGGCGCAAACUCGGGUCAACCUUUUCUGAUAUGGACCGAUAAAGCUCUCAAGACAUUGAAGGUCAAUAAGGUUGGCACGAAACAAAUUACAACUCUCAAUGUUCCUUCCAGCAGCGGCGAGUCAGCCGAAAAAAUAAUUGUUCACACUCCACGAUCUCCUACCGCUCAUCCGCACUUCCUCGUACACUAUCAAGGUGUAGACUCGCACUGGGCGGAGGUGUUUCAUGUCGAUACUGAUAUAAAAAAAGCAUAUGAUUUGCCGCGCCUCGGUGGAAAAGGUGCCUUUUCAGCUAGCUCCCAAGGUUCCAAUGUCUACUUCGCCAGACAUACUGCUUUCGAGAGCAUCUUGGUAUCUUCGACCGGACCGUCCAUACUCAGCCAUUGGGAUAUCCGUCCCAAAAGCCAUGGUGGAAUGGUGGAUCCGCAGGACAUCUCUCAUGCUACCUCUGAGGUGGUAUCUAAGGGUGGAUCGACGUAUGCGGUAAGGUCUGCUCUGACGUUGCCCUCAGGCGACUGGGAACUCAUACGCAACGGCGACCCUUAUUGGGUGAGGCCCGAAGGUCUUACCGGUGCAGUCGCCGCCGCGUUUGUCGAGAUACCCAAGGAAGAGAAUCUGGCCGAUGAGCUCGCAGCAGAGAGUCACCGUAGUGUCAUCGCAGCGUACGUGCACCGAGUCAAACGUCAUGCAAGAGAUCUACAACAUUUCCCGUCUUGGGCACAAACUCUUCCUGCCCGAGUGCUAGGGAGCUUUCUUGGGGAUAAGGCAGGCUCUCAAGACCAGAGUCUACGCCGUGAUAGCUUCGGCUUUCAUAAAAUUGUCAUCGUUGCUACAGAGAACGGCCGGCUUGCCGCACUUGAUGGAGGUACACAGGGCAGAAUUAUCUGGAGUAUUCAGGCUGUUACCCUAAAGGCGGGCGAAAAGUGGCGAGUCCUUAGUAUCGAAGCCGAACAGAAUACUGCACUGGUACGAUGCAAAGAAGGAGAGUUCUUGCGUGUCCAAACCAAUACGGGUACAAUCGUGCAGUAUCAGCCUGGAGGUCUAAUCAAGUCUCUGAAGACGUCUGUCCCCAUCACGGAUGCAUCUGGAGAACAGCUUCUCAUACCAGUCAAUGAUGACGGAUCCAUUGGAGAACUUCCCAAGGCAGAUUUUGAAAUAGGGACGACCAUCGUGACAGAUGCCGAAGACAAUGUUGUCAGAGGCUGGGCCCUGUGGAAAGGUCCAAAGCCGACGUUGGCAUGGCAGUUCACGCCGGCGCUGGGGGAGACAGUCAAGACGGUCACUACUCGACCUUCUCAUGACCCUGUAGCAUCGAUUGGCAAGGUCCUCGGAGACCGCAAUGUGUUGUACAAAUACCUGAACCCCAACGUCCUACUUAUCACAGCUCUUGGAACGGAGGCUUCGACAGCGACGUUCUAUAUCCUGGAUUCGGCUUCUGGUGCCGUCAUUCAUUCAGCUACUCACGCUGGAGUUGACAUAAGCCUUCCGAUCGCUUCCACCGUCUCAGAGAAUUGGUUCGCUUACUCGCUUUUCUCGGAGACUAGCUCUCUUUCGCAAGACGUGUCUGAGAUUGAUCAGCAGAAACUGAAGGGCUACCAAUUGGUGGUAUCGGAGCUCUACGAAUCACCCUACCCCAAUGAUCGGGGCUCACUUGAGACAUCUUCCAACUAUUCGUCCACCAGUCCUGCCUUCACAGACGAAGAUGGGACAUAUGACGCACCGCACGUUUUGUCCCAAACCUUUUUGAUCCCCGGCGCUAUUUCCUCUAUCUCCGUUACCUCCACACUUCAAGGAAUCACUACUCGCUCCCUUCUCUGCGUCCUUCCCGAUACUAAUGCACUGGUAUCCAUCUCACGUGCAUUCCUUGAUCCGAGGAGGCCGGUUGGUCGGGAUGCUACAGCAGCUGAAAUGGAAGAGGGACUAUUCAAGUAUAGUCCUAUGUUGGACUUCGAGCCUAAGUGGAUCCUCACUCACAAAAGAGAGCUCAUGAGUAUUUCCGAGGUUGUUACCAGUCCGUCGCUCUUGGAGAGCACGAGUUUGGUAUUCGCGUUUGGGGAUGUUGACCUCUUCCUCUCGAGGGUUUCUCCCAUAGGCGCUUUUGAUCUGCUGGGGAAGGGAUUCAGUAAGCUACAGCUUGUAUUGACAGUGGUGGCUUUGGCGGUGGGGACGACCGUUGUGGCUCCUUUUGUAAGAAAAAAACAGAUUGAUGGAACAUGGAAGGCUUAG